GGGCCUUCUAGGUGAGAGCGCUGAGGAGGAGUGGGUAAAGUGGCCGAAGUCGGAAUUUUGUUAAUUGCUUUGGUUUUGGUUUUUUGCUAAGGCAGCCCUAUUUUAAAGUGGAUUAGGAAGGGUGAGGAGGAAUAUUACUCAGGGGACAGAGAGAACGCGGCAGAUAGUGGUGGACAAACUGCGAAGACCGCUUCAUUACCUUGGGAAUCACCGCUGCCCUAACCCGAGGUGAUGGUCAUCCUUCCCGUAGAGAUGGCGGUGGGCGGCUCUAUAUAACGGAUCCUCACAGCAGCCUUCUGUGGUGGCCUGUGAAGUAGUAGUUAAGAGCACGGGCUUUGUUUUCACACCUAGUUGUGAAUCCUGGCUCUGCUCACCUGCAACAUGGAGGAACGACUUGAACUCUGACCCUGUGUCCUUGCCUGUAGAAUGAGGAUAAUUCUUUCCCACCUUGCAGAGUAGUUGCGAGGAUUAAAGGAAAUUGUCUUGGUUGACAAAUUUAUCAUGGUGCCGGUAUGUAGGUGAUAGCUAUCGAUAUUAUUUGAUGUAUAAGGAGACUAGGUUCAGAGAAAAGCACCUUCGUACAUCCACUAAAGUGGGACUUCUCCAUCAGUAGGCCCUUGUCUGAGAGCAAGAGAAACAGCUCUGAUUCUGAGGAACUAUAGCUUCUCCCUCAGUGCCUGGGAGAGUACUAGGACUGCUUUCUGGGAACUGUGGAAUGUGCCCUUGGGGGCCCAAGAUAGAAGGAAGAUGCUCCAGACCAGUAACUAUAGCCUGGUGCUCUCCCUGCAGUUCCUGCUGCUGUCCUAUGACCUCUUUGUCAAUUCCUUCUCGGAGCUACUCCGAAUGGCUCCUGUCAUACAGCUGGUGCUCUUCAUCAUCCAGGAUAUUGCAGUCCUCUUCAACAUCAUCAUCAUUUUCCUCAUGUUCUUCAACACCUUCGUCUUCCAGGCUGGCCUGGUCAACCUCCUCUUCCAUAAGUUCAAAGGGACCAUCAUCCUGACGGCUGUGUACUUCGCCCUCAGCAUCUCCCUUCAUGUCUGGGUCAUGAACUUACGCUGGAAAAACUCCAACCGCUUUGUCUGGACAGAUGGACUUCAAACGUUAUUUGUAUUCCAGAGACUAGCGGCAGUGUUAUACUGUUACUUCUACAAACAGACAGCUGUGAGACUGGGUGAUCCUCGCUUCUACCAGGACUCCUUAUGGCUGCGCAAGGAGUUCAUGCAAGUCCGAAGGUGACCACUUCUUGUCACACUGAUGGAUGCCUUUCCUUCCUGACAGAAGCCACAUCUGGGGCUCUGCAGAGGGGGUGGUCAGCCCUGUGCGCUAGGAAGCAGCUUGACAUUUCUAGGACAGGCCCAGGCCAGUUGUGUUCAGCAGUUGAGAAGGAAGAUCCUCCCUCUAGCAAAUUAAGUGUUCCCUAAUACAGACUCCCCUACACCAUCCCUUCCCGGCCUCCUGCCGCAGCUCUGCCCCCUUUCCUUUCCUGUUCUCUACCCCUCUUCCUCACAGAGGGCGCUGUGGCUUUAUCCUGGGGAAGCUUUCCACUGAGCCCCGUACAGGAGGAACUCCCAGCCCCUGUUCCGUUUGCACUACACACUGAUGACUGAAGGAUGCAAAGAGUGACUUUUCUGGGCUCCUGACUGAUCACACCUCAGACAUUUAGAUUUUAUACCCAAGGUACUUUUUCUACAUUUUAUAAAUAGGAAGUAAAUUCCUUCCCAUAAAUGAUGGAGUCUCUGCCUCGCUAGAUCUCUUCGUGGUUAAGAGGCAUGCCAAGUCCCAGCCUUAGCAUCUACUCGGUCCAGUGGCAGAUUGAGCCACAGAGCAGAUACGGAUAUUUACUGAAUCCCACUGUAAGUACAAGAUGAAAUUCAGGAUGUAAUUUGAUGCCCCACCUCCAUCCCUGGAGUUCCAAGACUUCUGUGUUUUAUUCAUCUCUCCCCCUGUCAGAGCCCUAAGUUGCCCUCAGAAGAGUGAAAAUGUUCCCUAGACUCUUUUGGCAAAAGAAAUUUAAAAGUUUGUGUGCCCAUAGUAUCAGUUUUCUACUGCCAGAAUAAUGUUGUGUAACAGACCCAGCACCAAACUUAAGUGGCAUAUAACAAUAAACAGUUUCAUGGCUCUUGAGUCAGGGAUCAGCUGAUCUGUCUGGGUUUGGGUAAUUUUUGCUGGGCUUGCACAUGUGUCUGUGGUCAGCUGUGGGUCAGGCAGGCAGGUGUGAUGAUCUUGAGAUCCUUGAUUCUUGGCUAACUUAGGCUGGCCUCAGCUGGAAUGACUCUGCUUCACAUGACAUCCUCCAGCAGACUUGCCUGGGUCUGUUUACAGACAGUGGCAGGGGAGCUGGAGAACAAGCCCUAGGGUGCAAUCCCAUUUCAAGCCUCUACUUGUAUUGUGUCUCCAGACUCCCAUAGGUCAAAGCACGUCAUGUGACUGAGCCCAGUGUCUGGUAAAGUGCUACAAAGUUUCCUGGCAAAAGACAUGGAUACAAAAAAAAAAAAA